CGCACUGACAAGGGGGCAAGCGAGCGGCACUCGCAGUCUCGAUCAUACCAUCCCGCAGACAGACCGUUUUAAAAAACAAAACAAUUUUUUUAAGAAAAAACCCAUCAUUGUCUGUGUUUUUCCGUGCGGGUUUUUAAAAACUACAGUUCCAAACAGUGCAACGUACAAAGUGAUGUGAUUAUUCGAUUUUGGAAACGGAUGCUCGAUUAGCGGUACAUUGCUCAACGAGUUUCUAGCGGCAAAACGGUGGGCAUAUCGAGAAUUCGGGCAUGAGAGUGUAGUUUUUUUUAAAGUGUUGUCAUCGUUGUAUGGCACGAUGAUAUCGGGAGGAUGGGUUUGCGCGCUGCACGUGAGGACGGCAGGCCUAGGGGGCGCAGCCCUGGGCUCGGACGAGGAGGAAGUGGUCUACCUGGCCUAUAUUGUCAUUGACGUGAGCAAUAAUCAGGUGAUCGGAGAACGGGAAUAUGCCGUCCGGCCGACGCGGAGGCCCUCUGAGGAGCUCCAGACCGGCCAGCCCCUAGAAGUAGUUGUACAACAGUUCGACGAGUUCGCGCGCUCGCUACAAGUGGACCCGCACUCCCCCCUCUUCAGGCUAGUCACAGACGGACAACCCCCACUUAGACAAUGUCUCCACCCGGAGGCGUGCAGCAAGGAGCUGACGCUGCCCGCGUACUACGCGCGCUUUCACGACCUGCGCAAGGAGUUCAUGCGCGCGUGCGCACUGCGCGCCGUGCCCCCGCCCGAGCCCACGGCGCUACAGGACAUGCUUACUUAUUUAGGUAUACCCCCGUACACGGGAGACAAUUUCUACGCGGCCGAGGUCAAAGACAUGGCCAGUGUUAUUAGGAGAAUAAUUUCAGACGGUUUCCGACUAGAGCUGCCGGAGACGGUCGACUUAGUAUUAGAGACUGGAAUAUGUUCAAAAGACGAUGAAAUCGACGGUAACUGCAUAGUGCGCGCGCGGGGUCUGCCCUGGCAGUCUUCAGACCAGGACAUCGCCAAGUUCUUCCGAGGACUCAAUGUUGCCAAGGGCGGAGUAGCGCUCUGCCUGUCCCCCCAGGGCCGCCGCAACGGCGAGGCGCUGGUGCGAUUCGUGUCACAGGAGCACCGAGAUAUGGCGCUCAAGAGGCAUAAACACCACAUAGGCCCGCGGUACAUCGAGGUGUACCGGGCGAGCGGCGAAGAUUUCCUCUCGGUGGCGGGCGGCGCGACGUGCGAGGCCGCCGCGUUCCUCUCCCGCGGCGCGCAGGUCAUCGUGCGCAUGCGCGGACUGCCCUACGACGCCACUCCUGCGCAAGUGCUCGACUUUUUCUCAACCGGCGACGAGCCGGUGCAAGUUCUAGAUGGCGCUGAAGGCGUUCUGUUCGUCCGCCGGGCCGACGGUCGCGCCACCGGCGACGCUUUCGUACUGUUCUCCAAGGAGGAAGACUCGCCUAAAGCCCUGUCCCGGCAUCGGAAGCUGAUCGGACAGAGAUAUAUCGAACUGUUCCGGUCUACUACCGCUGAAGUUCAACAGGUGCUGAACCGCUCGCUAGAGCCGCGCACGCCAGCCAGCACGCCGGCAGCGCCCGCGCCGGCCGAGGGCCUGCUGCCCGUGGCGCUGGUGCCGCAGCACGUCAUCACCUCCGGCACCGCCAAGGACUGCGUCAGGCUCCGCGGCCUGCCUUAUGAGGCGCAGGUUGAAAACAUCUUGACUUUUUUGGACGAGUUCGCGAAGAACAUCGUCGUCCAGGGCGUCCACAUGGUUUAUAAUGCGCAGGGUCACCCGAGCGGCGAAGCGUUCAUCCAGAUGGACAGCGAAACGAGCGCGUUCCUGUGCGCGCAGCAGAAGCACCACCGGUACAUGACGUACGGCAAGAAGCAGCGGUACAUUGAGGUGUUCCAGUGCUCCGGCGACGACAUGAACCUGGUGCUGACGGGCGGCGUGACGCCCGCCACCUCGCCCAAGGUGCUGUCGCCCGGGCCUCUUACAUAUUACUACCCGACGAUGGGCCCGACGCUGCCGCCGCCGCUGGUCUACUGGGGGUACCCGACGCCGCCCGUCUCGCCCGCACACUACUACCACCCGCCUCACCAUCCGCAGACUAUGGUAACGAACACUUAUGCCGGAUGUGGUGUCAGUUGGAGGCGGGUCCCCCCUCCCCAUCCCCCCUCCCGCGGCGUGUCCGGAAUGGCCCAUAUACAUGGUCAAUUAGUCAAGCUUCUUGUUGGCUCAAAAUUAAUUAGACCUAUAGACCGUAGCAAUCACAACACAACUAAAAAUUAAUGAACAUUAUUUUUUAAACAUUUCGAUAGUUUAUUUCAUGAUGUUAUUGUUUAUAUUUUUUCAACGUUACAAGCACACGUGUCAUUUAAAUAUGUCGACAGCAAUGCUUAGUUUUAAAAGUUUGUGAAAAUUGUAUUUUAAGAUAUUUAUGCAACAGAAAGUAAAACAUCACUUUCUAACAAAAUAAUAAUUUAAUGGCUCAAAUGUAGGUAGUGAUAUUUUCAAACAAAUAAUUAUAUCAUUAUGAUAUUAUUCUUAUUAUAAAUGUAUUAUUUAUAAAUAAGCUACACGUUACGUUUUUGCAAUUUUCAAAAUUUUUGAAUGUUGUUUCCCAAAAAAUCUAUAUAUCUGUUGUUAUUUUUAA